AUGUUAGGACUGAAGAACGAAACUCUUGCACCUUCAGCAGCUAAGGUUCUGGAUGCCAACAAUGCCAUCAUUAAGUUUGUACAGGACAAUGCAACAAAACAAGAUGUUAUGGAAAUGGCAGCAAGGGAUCUGGCUUUCAGUUUAUGUAGAACUUAUACAGGAGCACUUCUUGUUGAUCAUGCUUGCAGUAAUGUUAGUACACCACAGGAUGUUUAUGUUGCUCAAAGAUGGUGUGAGAAAGAUUUAUCAUUAGUUAAAACCAAUGCACAACUAGGACAGUAUAGCGGUGACUCAACCAAGAAUGAUUUUGAUCUGGUGUAUGAUUGUUACCAUGAGGGCGAUAGACUGUAA